GCCACGUCUAAGUCGCGGGGACCGACCUGUGCUGGGGUUGUCGCCGUGUGAUAUCGGCCAGGAUACCCCUCCCAAGCUCUUGUCCUGUUGGCGGGUGCCUCCUGGUCCUAGUGAGCAGCUUCGCGGCAGAAGCCCGGAGCUGCGCCCGCCCUUUCGGAAGGCGGCAGGGGUUGGGGUCGGCGCAUUUUCGCUUGCCCCAUCCCGAUUUGAGGUCUGUCGGCGCCGCCCUACUUGAGCACCCAGGAUGGGCACCCCAGCCUCUGUGGUGAGCGAGCCGCUCCCUUGGCAGGCCCCCACUGAGGCCCGGGGCCGCAAGCAGGCCUCGGCCAACAUCUUCCAGGAUGCGGAGCUGCUGCAGAUCCAGAGUCUGUUUCAGCGCAGCGGGGACCAGCUGGCGGAGGAACGGGCACAGAUCAUCUGGGAGUGUGCAGGGGACCACCGUGUGGCGGAGGCCUUGAGGAGGCUGCGCAGAAAGAGGCCUCCGAGGCAGAAAUCCCUGGGCCACUCGCUACAUCACUGCAGCCGGCUCAGAAUCCCAGAGCCCCGCGACCCACUGGCUGACCCACAGAGCAGUGCCACAGAGAUGGCUUCCAGCGAUCAGUAUCUGAACACUAGGAGGACAAGUGCCAGGAUCCGCCGGAAUUGGAGGAAGUCAGGCCCCACAAGCUACCUCCAUCAGAUCAGACACUGAUCCAGGGAAGGGGCUGGGAAUGGCACUAUCUUCCCCAGGAAUCAUAGGGACUUUGGCCCAAGGGCCCGGGAAGGUGGAGGAGGAAGAGACUGGAGGCAGACAGCCCCACGUGCUGCUGCUGUUCCAUUCAGAAGAGGAUGGAGAUAUCCACUGAGCUCUAAGUGUGGGACCCACUCCUCACCAGGAGCAGCAACAGUGACCGUUCUUGCCUUGACCCUUCCCCACCUAACACUACACUUGGGCUGCAUGACAUUCCCCUGGGAGUUAAGCAACAGGCACUCAGACCAAGCAUCUCACCACUCCUGCUACUAACCCUCCUGUAUUAUGACCCAUGGUCCAGCAGCCUGUCCUAUACCCCUGUCCCUGUCAGGCCACACAAGUAAACUGUGGUUUAAGUGGCAAAAUAAAAACAUUUGCACCAAGAA